AUGGCUCACUUGCCCGAGAAGGCUACUCACGUCCCGCUUUCCCAGAUUGCUAUACCCGGAACACACAAUUCGGGGAGCUACGGCAUUCAGGAAUCCUCUCCACUCUCCCUUGAUAUGAAUUAUAAAUCCCUAAUCAAGGUUCUCGGCCUCUUCUUUAAAAUACCCUACUUCAAGUGGUCUGUGACUCAAAAAACCAAUUUCACGACUCAACUCCAGUCAGGAAUUCGUUACUUCGACAUGCGAGUCGCGAUAAAGAGGCAAUCCUGCGUGGGCUUACUCUCGAAUUCCUCCAUUGAUAUUUAUCCCUGCUUCUUCCUUGUCCACGGGCAGUAUGCCAACAGGGUCAGCGAGGAGUUGGAAACAAUUAAGAGCUUUCUAAAACACCACCCUAAAGAAGUGGCCAUAAUUGACUUCCAGCACUUCUACGGAUUGGACGAAUCUUUAAAGUCGAUAUUCAAGGACCUGAUCAAAAAAGUGCUUGGAGAAAUGGUGGAGCCUUAUGGGAGUCAAAUCCCUUCUCUGGCUGAAAUGUGGUCACUCAAAAAGCAGGUCAUCAUUUUGGGCUAUGCGAAGAGUUUUGACGAACUUGAAGACGACAUUUCAGUGCAGUGGCCAAGGUCUGCUAUUAGGCAACCGUGGCCUAAUACGAGGAAUCCUAAAGUGUUGCACACUUUUCUUUCCAAGAGCUUCAACGAUUGGAUGCAGAAAAGCAGACCGGUCUACUUUUUCGUCUUCCAAGGUAUCCUCUCCCCAAACCUGGACUACAUUCUCUUCAAUUUCACAAGCGGACUGGAAAAACUAGCCAGACUUGCCAACACUGUUGUGGGAAAGUGGUUAGACGGAUUGAAACAUCUGCGCGGCAUUGUCAUUACGGACUUUUCUGUCCUCGGCUUUCCCGGAUUUGCUCGCAAAGAGAGACUCGGUUCACAGCCCACCGCGCACCGCGCUGAAGAAUUCUGGUCUGUCACCUUGGUAAACGGGGUCGGGCCGAAAUGCCGCACUAUAUGUGCGUCGGCAGUUGGGCCGCAAUUUUCUGCAGUGAGUGACUUCGCCGCGUAA